AUGAGGUGUUGUUACUUUACUGCUGGUGACGAUCAUGGUGACUUGGGAACAUGGCCAUACCAUAUGAGUUGCAUCCCUAAAAGGAGUUCUGUGCCCCUGAGCAUUGUUCAAAUCCUCCUGCUCAACACAGUGGUGUGUGGUGUUGAAAUAUGCGCCUGUGCCGGCUUCACCUACAUCCCUCCAAUGCUGCUAAAGGUGGGAUAUUCCGAAGAAAACAUGAGUCUCAUUCUCGGAAUCGGACCUCUGAUGGGCUUCGUGUUGAACCCCAUCAUUGGACGAGCCAGUGACCAGUGUAGAAGUUUUUACGGCCGUCGCCGACCAUUUAUAUUUGGUCUGUCUGCAAUGCUUGUCGUAUCGCUAUACAUGAUUCCUUUUGGGGAAUACUUCAUGUCGUUAAUAUUCGGACGAAAUCUGUUCAGCAAGAUGCUCGGAGUGUGGAGUUUAACUGCUGGCUCUGUGUUACUGGACUUCACCAGUCAGGCCUGUCUGACCCCCUGUGAAGCCUUGUUAAGUGAUGUAACAAAGGACUCUGGCCAGUACGAGCGUGCUUUCACCACAUACUCUCUGAUGAUCAGCCUGGGGGGAGUACUGGGAUAUUUAUUGACAGCGAUAGACUGGAAUUCCAAUCCAGUAGGAGUGUAUUUUGGAUCGCAAGAGUCUUCCAUAUUUUCACUGUUAAUUGUUAUAUUUACACUCAUGUUGGCAUCCACGUUGAUGGUUGCGUCUGAAAAACCUAUAUCCUCCUCUCCUUCCAGUGAAUACUUACAAAAUCACGUAGCAGCUAUCAAAAGUAAUUUAGUCAGUAUACAGACUGCCGAGUCGGGAUACAGCAGUUCCUCAUCGGAGGACAUCCCUGCCAGUAUUCUCGCUAGAGAAACAGCCUCCAGCCACAUUGAAACCUCACAGUUCCACAGGCCCACACAGACCCUCCGGAUGAUGAGAACUAAAGUGAAAUUGUUGUUUUCCGGAAGAAUCAUGUCAGGUAUCUGCGGCUUGCUGCGGUUUCUGUCUUUCAGUGUUUUUAGAUUGUUACCGAGUCAAGUGAAGGAAAUGUUGAAUGUGCCAGUAGUGUUACGCAAAUUGUGCUUCGCCAACUUCUGCAGCUGGACGGCUGUUAUGGGCUUCAACCUAUAUUUCUCCGACUUUGUGGCCCAGGCUGUGUACAUGGGCAGCCCGAAUGCUCCUGACGGUUCCGCCAGCGGGAGGCUGUACGACGAAGGUGUUCGUAUGGGGAGCUGGGGUCUGCUCUUUCACUGUAUCACCUCGGCCAGUUACUCUUUCUUCGUGGAGAAGAUGGUCGACAGGUACGACUGUCGCGCGACCUACAUAUUCGGUAUGAUAUCGUUUGUGGUUGCCAUGUCAGGGAUGGUCGUUUUCAGGAAUGCUGUUUUUGUCAGUCUGAUGGCCGCCGCAACGGGUUUUGCUUACGCCACACUGACCACCAUACCUUUCAUCCUCAUCUCCAGAUACCACACACAUAAAGAGUUAUACUUUUUCGAUGUCUCCACUUCAACAGGGACUAAUAUGUCUGCAACUGCAGAGCGUGGUAUUGGGACUGACAUGGGCAUUCUCGACAGUGCUUACUUCCUCUCACAGGUCAUACUGACUGCCAUCAUGGGCUACAUCGUGCACCUGACGGGGACCGUACUCACGUACAUGGUGUCCGCGGGGGCCAUGGGCAUACUGGCGUGCUUCUUCAUACAGGAUAUCGUGUGCCAUACCCAAAAAUUUCUUUCUGGUAGAAAUACGAUAUGGAGAAGACUGAAGAUAUCUUGGAAGCUGAUUCUAUUAAUAAUGGAUUUAGAAUAGUUGAGCUUAAAUUUAAGUACAUGUAGUUAAAUUGGGGGGCGGUGGGGGGGGGGGGGUUGAGGGGGUUGGUAUUGGAAUAUUAAGAUCUCAUGUUCAACAUUUCUCAGAUGGUAAGGGUUGUUUUCUUCCAUGUUUUAUGUUAAAAUAUAUUGCACCCUUCCAUGUUUUAUCUUACUUACUUAAUCCCCUUCGUGCUAAGAAGCACAUAAGGCUGUAACCAGAGAUCGCAACUGCUGCCUGCCUUGUGCCAGCUUCUCCAGCAGCUCCCAGCUCAGACUGCCCUCUCGGAUUUCUUUCUCUACUGUCCUCCUCCAUGUUUCUUUCGGUCUUCCUCGUUUCCUUUUUCCAGGAGGGGUCCAUCGGAGUGCCACUCUUGGUAGGGCUGUUUGAGGCAUUCUGAUGGCAUGGCCAAUCCAGCGCCAUCUUCAGCGCUUGAUCUCCGAUACCAAUGACUGUGUGGAGGUUUGUUUAUGGAGUUCUUCAUUGGUUAUGAUGUUGGGCCAGAAGAUAUUCAGAAUCCUGCGAAGGCACCAAUUUUGAGAGACCUCCAUCUUCUGACCGAUGGUCUUGGUCAUUUUCCAGGAUUCUGCUCCAUACAGUAGAGUGCUUAAGACAGUGCUUUUAAAAAGGCGUAUCUUUGUCUUCUGUUUCAUCAGCAGUAUAAUUUUGGGCUCCAUUUUACAAACUUUUAUAACAGUAUAGAGCAGUGCAGGCAUGUGUUUGGGGGAGAGAUUCAGACAUCAAGACACCCACAUGUCUCCAUUUCAAAAAUGUAGAUUUAACCUAUGCAAUUAGAUGGUAAUUUGUUAAGAAACAUUAUUUAUUUACAUUGAGAUUUUUGGCCCCCCCAAAAUGUUAAGUAAGUUGGUGUAGGUUUAAAACUUAAUAUUUUCAGCAGUUUUACGAUUAUGCAUUAUUGAGUUCAGUGGCAAUUUGUUGGUUUCCUUUUGACACAUAUGAACUAUAGUACUGUAUUACAUAUUUGCUUGUUUUCAUCUUUAUAGUUGUAAGAUGCUGGUUUAAAAGUUUACUAAACUUUGAAUUUAAAUGUUAUGGAAUUUUUAUAUAGAGGAUUCGUCACAAUUAUUUUUUAAUAUGGAAAAUAUCAAACCGAGUCUAUGUUAAUUGUUAUUUGUCGAUUAACUAGACGAGGUUGAUAUUGUACAUAUUAAAAAACACAAGUAGU